AUGAAUUCCAAACAACAAAAAUUCUUCACUUUACUCGUGCUUCUCUGUGCCAUUCAUAGUACUUAUGCUGGGCCUUUGACGUAUGCAGCUUGCCAAACUGCUUGUAAUCUCGGACGGGACUCGUGCUACGCUUUAGCUGGUUUCGUUUCUGGCACCGUUUUCGUAGGUUUGGCACCACCCGCAAUUUUAGCUUGCAAUGCUGUUCAAGGUUUCUGUAUUGCAAGUUGCGCCGGUUUAUUAUCUGCACCAAUUCCUUAA